GUCAUAUUGGUCGUCGGUGUGACUUGUUUCGCUUGGGUGGCUGAGUCCUGCUCUCUUGUUCACUCGCCACUUCCUCUCUUUGUCUGAAACUGUGAGGGCAGCACUGCUUACUUGUGAGGCGUCAACCAAUCAGAGGAAAGCAAUGUCUGUACCUACCCUCAUAUUUCUGGUGGUUUUGCCUCCAUCACUCAGUUCAGUUUAGUACGUCGAGGUAUUGCUGUACUAUUUUGUAAUACAGAGAACUGUAUUUGUGAGACUAAAGUGUGGGCUGCGGUUUAAAAUGGUCUGCGAGAAGUGUGAGAAAAAAUUAGGAAAAGUUAUAACUCCAGAUCCCUGGAAAAGCGGUGCAAGAAAUACUGUAGAGAGUGGAGGACGCAAAGUUGGAGAGAAUAAAGCUUUGUCAGCAGGAAAAGCUAGAUUUAAUCCAUAUACUGCUACAUUUGAGACUUGUAGAAUAUGUAGACAAAAAGUACAUCAAGUUGGUUCUCAUUAUUGUCAAUCAUGUGCAUAUAAGAAAGCUAUAUGCGCUAUGUGUGGUAAAAAGUUAAUGAGUACCAAAAAUUACAAACAGUCUGCUACCUAAUACAUUAUAAAGGAAAAGACUGCUUAUUUUUAAAUGCAUAGACCACUUUGAUAAUAAAAUGAACAUUAGGUUGUUAUUAAGAACUUAUAAGUGAAUACUUCUCUCAUAUAUAAUUUUACAGGAAAGAAUAUAUUAUUUUUCAAAUUGUAGGCUGUAAAUAUCUCAGACGAAAUAACAUUUUAUAACAAUAUACUUAAAUAUUAAAUAAAAGCUGUUAGUUCUAGUCAUUAUAAUUGUAAAGAGAAUGGUACGGCAAAGGGUUAAAUAACAUAAAAUAUCUCUGAGAAACUGAAGUUGUAUUUUUAUAAGAUAAUUUAUCUUAAAUAGAAUAUAGAAAUCUAUCUAUGUACUGUAUUCUAUCUAAUUUAUUAAUAUAAAAUAUACAAAAAGUGAAAAUAA